AUGGCCGAGGCCUGCGGGGAGCACGCGCGCGACGGCCGGCGCCACGAGCACCAGCACCAGAAGCAGCGACGCAGCCACCGGCGUUCGGCGUCCGCGUCCGCGUCCACGUCCACGGGGCGGGGGCUGGGGUCAGCGUCGCCGUCCCCGCCCGCGGCGGCUGCGGCGGCGAUGGAGGAGGAGCGUCGGCUGCGUCGGUCCCCGCCCGUGGAGGCGCGGCGGGAGCGGGAGCGGCGGCGGGCGCGGGAGCAGCCGCGGUGCGGGGAGGUGGCGGGCGGGACGGCGGCCGAGUGCGCCGCGGUGUGCUGCUGCUUCCCCUGCGCGGUGGUGGAGCUCGUCGUGCUCGCGGCCGUGCGCGUGCCCGCCGCGCUGUGCCGCCGCGCUCUCCGCGCCCGGGCGAGGCGCAGGCGCGCCUCCCGCGCCGCAGCGGCCAAGAAGAAGGAGAUGGCGGGCUCCUCGCGUCGGGCGCCGCCUCCCCGACCGCGGCGGCGGCCAAGGACACCAACGGCAACGCCCUCGACUUCUGCUACUGGCCCGCGGGGGCGGCGGCGGCCAGGCGCGACGAUCUCGCCGAGGCGGAGGCGGCGGUCUGGGCUAGCUUCCAGGGCGCCGGCUUCUGGCGGAGCCCGUCGCAGCGCGAGGAGAGGAGGUGCUCGUGACCGCCGUGACCGCCGCCUCUCCCUGCCGGUUUCUUGGACUCGCGCGAUCCCGAUCCGUCGUCGCAUGGCAAUGGCAUCACCAGACACCAGCCCAAUCAACCAACCAAUCCCCAUAGGAAAAAGAUGA